AUGUCGUCUCUAAGCGAGCAAUUAGCCCAAGUUGCUGCUAACAACUCGACCGUUGCAUUCGAUAGAAAAAGAAGACAAAAGUUACAUUCGGCCUCAUUAAUCUAUAAUCCGAAGACUGCGGCCACCCAGGAUUAUGAUUUCAUCUUCGACAAUGCUUUAACAGCUUUGAAUGAACUUAUUGAUAUUGAUCCAAGGUUUGGGCUAUUUACAAAAUCUUUAUUUUCUGAGACAUCGAUCAGUAUCGAUAGAAAUGUCCAAAGUAAGGAAGAAAACAAAAAUUUGGAUAAUGCAAUUAACAGCUACUUAUUAUUAGCAUCUUCAAGAUGGAACCUAACACCAACACUUCACGCAACUGAGUGGUUAGUUCGUCGUUUCCAGAUCCAUAUCGUCAAUACUGAAAUGCUUUUAUUGUCUACCUUGAAUUACUACCAAUCACCUAUCUUUCAAAGAAUUUUGAAUAUUGUCAAAUUACCUGCUUUGUUUAACCCACUUUCAAAUUUUGUUAAGAAUGAUAGUACACCAACUAAUUUGACUAUGAUUAAAUUAUUCAAUGACAACGAUUUCUUAAAAUUGUAUGCCAUCUAUUUAAAUAAAUGUCUAAAACAACAGACUACCUAUACCAACCAAUUGCUAUUUAUUACAUGUUGUUUCAUUAAUUUGAUAUCCUUCAAUUCAGUAAAUGAAGAAAAAUUGAAUGCCCUAGUUCCGGUCCUUUUGGAGAUAUCUGCUAAAUUACUCGCAUCUUCUUCAGUGGAUUGUCAAAUUGCUGCUCACACUAUUCUGGUAGUUUUUGCAACAGCUCUUCCUCUAAAGAAAGUUAUUAUUUUAGCUGCAACUGAAACAAUAUUGGCUAAUCUUUCUGACGAGAAAGCUAAAAAAUCUGCAUUAGCUACAAUUUUUAAAAUGUUCCAAACUCUAAAGGGUCAAGGUAACAUUGAUCAUUUACCAAAUAAAUUGUAUACUCUUUUUGAUUCUAGAUAUAAUAUUGAAUAUAUUUCGAAGACUUUAUCUGCCGAUGAAGUUCUAUCAUGCGAUAAAUUUAUUACGACAUACGCCAGAGCUAUAACCAGAUAUGACCAAUUAAAGUUAUCAAACAUUGUUGCAAUUUUGGAGAAAGUUAAGCUUGAAAAAUAUGAAGUAAGAAUGAUUAUAAUGGAUCUUAUCAAUUUAUCUGAGAUCAUUGAUGAUAAAUCACAACUUAUCGAACUAUUUGAGUAUUUUAUUAAACAUAACGAGAAACUAGUUAUCAGUUGUCUAAAGUCCUUGAAUAUCGCACCUGAAAUAUUUGAAAUUAGACUAACCACUUCAUUGUUUUCUACUCAAAACGAAACUGCCGAUAUUGUCACAAAAAUUGAAGCUCAAAAGGUUGUGGGAGAAAAGAGCAAGAUUCCAUCUUUCAAAGAGUUUUUGGAUAAGAAUGCGCAAUACAUUACUACUAGUGACUUAUCUGUGCUGGCCGAGAAGGAUGAAACUUUUUCUAAACAACUUUCUUUAUUUGUUGAAGCUGUCGGGAAGAACUAUCAACCAGGUCUAUUUCUUUCAUCAUUCUUCACUACUCUGGAGGCUAGGAUAACAUUUUUGGCUAGAAUAACCAUCUCUCCAGCUGCCCCAGUCGCACUUAGAUUGAUUGCGUUAUCAAACAUAUCGAAAUACUUACAUAGUAUUGAUAAGGAAUCUAACGUAUUUUCACUAGUUCCAUGUUUUAUCUGUUCUCUUAACGAUUCUUCAAAAAAUAUUAGGAUUACAGCGAAGAAAGUUCUUACUCAAAUUUCGAAGAGGCCAUCCUCGAAGCAUUAUUUCAUGGCAAAUGAUAUUUAUGGCAAAGAUAUUAAGGUUCCAAUGCUAUCUCCAAAGGAUAGCGAAACGUGGUUGACUAAAUUUUUGGAUGAAUAUAUCGUUGAUAAUAGAGAUUUGUCAAAUGUAUUUAUCCCAAAGAAGAAUGAUAAAGUUUACUUACUAUUUUGGGCUGACCAAGCUCUCUAUUUCCCAUUACCUCAAGCUAAGAUUAUCCUUUUGGAUAAUUUGAAGAAAUAUUCAGUAUCUACCAAUGCAUACUCCUCAGUCUUUGAAACAUUUUUAAAAGAGUAUCUAUCUAAUAGACAAUCAUGGGAACUUAGAUGUAAAACCAAUAAGUGUAACUUUAAGGACUUUGAAAGAAGAAUUAUUGAUUUAAUUACUGAAAAGGAAAAGAACCAAAAUAUGAUUACCUUCAUCAUUGAUGCAUUAAAAUCCGAACACGAACAAUUUUCUGGACUAAUGGCCGAAAGGUUGAUUAAAAUAUUUGGAACCCUAAAAACUUCGUUUCAAUUACAGAUUCUACAAAGCAUUAUCGAAACCACAAUUGAACCCGAACAAAGCUACGAUACCAUUGGAACUAUCCAAGCCCUACCUUUGAAUGCCGAACUAAUUAAUACUAUUUUGUCCCAAAAUAAAAUCAACAGUGACACAGAAAUUGCUGGCUUUUCUAAAAGAAGAAGAAGAAGUUCAUCAAAUAAAUCUGCUCUUCAGAAAGAGGAGAUUUCAAUUUUGGCAGAAAACCAUAUGAAAAAACUUACUGUGGUAUUGGAAGCUCUAGAUAAACAAGCAGUUCAGGGAUCUGUUGAUCUAUUGUCAACACUGUUAUCUCUCUUAUCUGACUUAGAGACACUUGAUCAAGACGGGCACCUCCCAGUACUGUAUGCACAGGAAACUAUUGCAUCCUGUAUUUUGAAUACUAUCGCUUCUAUGAAGAGUAAUGGUAUAUCUGGUUUGCAGAAUGUUAGGGCUGAUAUUGUCGUAUCGGGUAUUAGAAAUACAUCGUCGCCUCAAUUACAGAAUAAACUUCUACUAGUAAUCAGUGCGCUAGCAUCCUUAAGUCCUGAGACAAUUCUACAUUCGGUCAUGCCUAUUUUUACCUUCAUGGGUGCACACAGUAUUCGUCAAGAUGAUGGGUUUACAACCCAGGUAGUGGAAAAAACAAUCUCAACAGUUGUUCCUGCAUUAUUAGAUAAUAGUACUGAAAACUUGCAGGACGAAAUCGAGUUCUUAUUAAUGAGUUUCACAACCGCUCUCCAACACGUUCCUAAACAUAGAAGAAUCAAAUUAUAUUCAACAUUGGUCCAGACACUAGGUGCAUCCAGAUCAUUAGGCUCAUUCUUUUUUCUGAUUGCUCAACAGUAUUCAACCUACCUUAACGAGUUUAAAUUAGGAGACGCAAAAACAGUUGUUGAAUUUGCUAAAGCAUUUCUAGGGAAAUUUAGUGUUUUGGAACAGCUAACGGGCUUUUCCAGUUUCUUUAAUAUAAUCGAAACGCUCGUGAGUGCUUCAAUUAGUGAGGACAAGAAACAGGAGUUAGAAUCACAAACACUAUUUUCAAACGGUAUUUUAAACCUGUCAAGUACUGAAUUAUCGAUGCUUGUCAAGAACUCUUUUGAUUUCAUCAACAAAACUAUCCAAGACGAAAAUUCAGACUAUUACACCGCAAAUGGUAGCUUUAAAGUAAGAGUAUAUUCUUCAUUAAUUGAUCCGAAUAAUACUGCUAACAAAAUUACUGACAUAAAAUCAGAGUUUAGUAACAUCAUAAGAGACAUAUUACUAUUCAUUAAUGAUAUUAAUACUUUCAAUAGAGGUAGUGCUACUUCUAGUGAUUCCGAAUCUGAUAGUAAACAAUCUAAUGAACAGUACGAAGAGUUAAAGGCGAUAUUGUUUAGUCUAUUACAAAACAUGCUGUCUGUUCUACCUAUAGAAGAUUUCAUCGAAACCAUUAAACCAUUAUUAAACAGCAAGAAUAAUGAUAUCAGAUAUCAUAUUACAUUGGUUAUUGAAACCAAAUUUGAUCUAGAACCUAUUGAUGUGGCACCAACAGCUCAAAGGGUCAUUCAAUAUUUACUGGAUCAAGUGUCUAAAGGUUCCGAGACGAUCGUGGUUAGUCAAGUCAUGUUGAAUACAAUUGCAUUAUUAAUCAGUAAAUUUGGCUCCCUCAUCGAUCAACCGGUAAUUAACAAAUGUCUUGACGAAUGCACAAAGAAUCUUUCACACGAUAAACCGGAGAUUAUUAUUUCUUCUCUAUCUGUUGUAACAAAUAGUAUUCAAGUCCUAGGGGUUAAAACUAUAGCAUACUAUCCAAAGAUUGUCAAGCCUUCUAUCGAAUUAUUCAAACAGACUGAAACUAAUAAGGAAACAUUUUUGAGAUCGCAAUUACAAUUGUCUAUUAUGCUAUUAUUUGCUACAAUGGUCAAGAGUAUGCCAAGUUUUGUUUUGUCUAAUUUAUCUGAAGUUUUGCAUAUAUUUUUUUUCGCUGAUGAAGUUGAAACAACUGUUAGAUUAUCGGCUAUAGAUCUGAUAAUUUCUAAUAUCGACUUAAAAGAAGUUCUAAAAGUCUUAUACAAAUCUUGGAUAACUGAGGUGUCAAAAUCAGUUGAUUCUGUUACAAUCUCUUUAUAUGUGAGUGCAUUAGAAGCUACUGUUGAAGCUGCCGAUAAGAAGACAGCUACUUUCCAGUCACCAACAUUCUUCAAAUUACUUCUUUCUUUAUUCGAAUAUAGAUCGACUAGUUCAUUUGAUAACAACACUAUUAGUCGUAUCGAGGCGUCUGUAUACCAGAUCGCCAACUCAUACGUUUUGAAAAUGAAUGAUAAGGUUUUUAGACCACUAUUCGCUGUUGUAGUUAGAUGGGCAUUCGAUGGAGAAGGUGUAACAAACACCAAAAUAUCAGAAGUGGAAAGAUGCAUUGCAUUUUUUAAAUUUUUCACAAAAUUACAGGAGAACUUGAAAGGUAUCAUUACCAGCUACUUUACUUAUAUUUUGGAACCUACUAACAAGCUUCUACUAAGGUACAUUUCCAAGGAAUUAAAGGAUAUCAGCCUUCAACGUCUACUCUUUAUUUCUUUAACAUCAUCGUUUAAAUAUGACAAGGAUGAAUACUGGAAGGCUACAUCAAGAUUCGAGUUAAUUAGUGAAACUCUAAUAAACCAGUUAACCGUAAUUGACAGGGUUCUAGGUCGCCAUUUGGUGAAGGCUAUUGGAUCAUUAGCAGCUGCAAAUAAUGGUGUCGAUGAACAUAAUCAAAUCAUGAACAAAUUGUUGAUUAAUCACAUGAAGGCCACUUGUACUUCCCAGGAGAAACUAUGGGCCGCCAAAUCUAUUAAAUUGAUUUACUCUAAGGUUGGUGAAAGUUGGUUGGUACUGUUACCACAAUUAGUCCCAACCAUUGCUGAACUACUGGAAGAUGAUGACGAAGAAAUUGAAGAUGAAGUUAGGACAGGUCUCGUCAAAGUGGUUGAAAAUGUAUUAGGUGAACCUUUUGAUAGAUACCUUGAUUAG